GGGCUGAAGCCAACUCGGACCCUCUUCGAAGCCACAGAGAGCACAUUUCAGAAUUUUCCACCCGAGGAAUGGAAGAGAGAAGCAUUUAUCCAUCAAUUCCUGUUCCCAUCCGUCAAGCACUCCACAUACAACGUUAACUCCCUCGCACAGCCAGCUCUGGAUCCGUGGAGAGUGGACCAGCCCCAAGGAACGACGAGGACAACGGCUAGGACAAAGGCUCAGGAGCAGGAGGGGGCGCUGAGAACCAUUAGCAGGGCUCCCGGCGGCGCCAAGACACGCACGCAGACUGGAGAGGUUGACUGGGGUCGCACCCUCGGGCGUGCAAGGCUACCUCUCCCAGAGGAACUUAAGCGCUCAGCUGUCCAGCUUUGUACAAACACAGGAAAUGAAAGCAAACAGCUUUCAAGACAACCCACCCGGCCACGAGCUCAUGAAUAUUCAGCAGGAUGCUUCCGGCUUGCGACUCCGCCCCAGCCCCGCCCUGCGAGAAGACUGCGCUUGCGCUGCUAGCGCGCGGCUCUGUCGUCAUACGUACGCGCCGCCGACGCCGCCGACGCUCGCCAGGGCAACUUGGAAAGCUGUCAUGGCGAGCUCAGCUGCUUCCUCGGUGCGACCGCCGAGGCCCAAGAAAGAGCCACAAGCGCUCGUCAUCCCCAAGAAUGCGGCAGAAGAGCAGAAGCUCAAGCUGGAGCGGCUCAUGAAGAACCCGGACAAAGCAGUUCCGAUUCCAGAAAAGAUGAGUGAAUGGGCACCCCGGCCUCCCCCAGAAUUUGUUCGAGAUGUAAUGGGUUCCAGCGCUGGGGCUGGCAGCGGAGAGUUCCACGUGUACAGGCAUCUGCGCCGGAGAGAGUACCAGCGGCAGGACUACAUGGAUGCCAUGGCUGAGAAGCGUUUGUGUAAUUGUAAGGUCUUUAAACAUCCUAUAAGUAGUUGUUUGUUCUGUAAAAUAUACAGUAAGGUAGUUAGGGAAUUAAUGUAUCUAUUUUAUAUUUGUAGCCAGAAGCUGAAAGAGAAGAAAUUAUUGGCAAAGAAGAUGAAACUUGAACAGAAGAAACAGAAAGAAGAUGCCACCAUUUCCAGAAGUACUUCAGGGCAGCAGCUCACCCCUUCACAGAGAUGUUUUCAGGUCAGUCGAGUACGUACCUGGGAGGGUGAUUGCUGGGUCGCACGACAGGAGCGUGUAGCUGCACAAGCUGGCAGACUGUCCCCGGAACAGCUGCUCCGUGCUGCACUCCCACCAGCAAGUGAGAGCUGCGCUUGCCCCACAGCCUCGCCAGCAGUCGGCAGCGCCAGUUUGCAGAAUUUUAGCCAUUCUGGAUCCAGUCAGUCCCAGGAGCAGCCAUCCAGUAGCUCUGAGGAAGCGUCUGGAACAGAGGAGGAGGAGGAGGAGGAGGAGGAGCCCAGCUUCAUCAUGGGACGAUGACAGUGUUUGCUUCAGCGGCUCUCUGCGGCCCAGCCCGUGCUCUGACCAGGGCUUCAGGAAACCUCCACCCAACACGAAGGAAAAGGAGUCUGUGUUUCAACUCAGUUUCCCUCCCUGCACCUUGCUGGAGAGAAGCAAGUGGGAGCCCCUCCCGAAGGUUCCCAGCCCCGCCUGUCAGCAGGACUCCAAGCCUGUGGGACGGGGAGGACUGUCUCUUGGACACUCGGGGCCCUGCCGAGCGGAGUGCAUUCAUGUUCCUGCUGAGGGGAGAUGAAUCACCUUCCGCUUCUCAUCCCUGUUCUGAUAGUUGGACAGUGAUGAGUUUAGGCUGGUUUCUGUGAAAGAAAUGUUUAGUAAAGAACAUAAAUAUUUUAGGUUUUGUUCA